GUACUUAAGUAAACUUUAAGGCCGGGGUACACUGUGAACAAAUCUGUGUAAAUGGCCAACUGCAGCGAGAGUUUCCCAUACACAUCCAUUCUAUUCCCAGAGAUAGAGGAGGAUGCAUUCUUUAUCGUUUCUGCUGUUAUUGGGGGUAUCUUUUUGGUUCUGAAUCUGCUCAACUUUGCGGAAGAGUUAUGGUUCCUGUGUAGGUACAACUCGAAUGCUCCUGCCAAAAACUACACCACCUACAUCCUCAUCCUGUUUCCGGCCUUAUCUUUAUGUUGUGUUAUGGGCCUUCUAGUUCCUCGUUCAACAUUGUUCAUGGAAUUUACUACUUCCACAUUACGCGCCAUUGCUAUCUUUGUCUACACGAGGAUCCUAAUUGGUUACUUUGGCGGAGAAGACAAGCUAUUGGCUGAAAUGACAGAUUUCCCCAUCACCUUUCGAACGCCGCCCUGCUGUUGUUGUUGUUUUGCUUGUAUAAAGCCAUCUACCAUAACUAGUAAAACCUUCAAAGUAAUUAAUGCCCUCUGUGUUCAAUUAGUGAUCAUCCGGCCCUUUACAAUGCUGAUCUUAUUUCUCUUGUGGGUGGACAACAGAUAUGAACUAACUGACAAAAUGAGUACAUCCAAUCCUGGUACUUACUUUCAAUUCAUCAACAUCGCCAGUCUACUCCUCUCGAUGUGGGCAGCAAUCGUGUUGACAAAGGCUGUAGAAUGCAAACUCCCAAACAGAAGGAUCCGCGCCAAAUUUCUCUCAGUUCAACUGACGAUGGUUUUCUCUGACGCCCAGAGGUCAAUCCUGACGAUCCUAGCCUCCAGUGACGUCAUUGACUGCGUGGGUACACGUGGUCCUAUGGUUCAAGCCUAUCGUUACCACUAUGCCCUUCUAGUGCUGGAAACCUUCUUGUUGUCUCUCUUAGCCAGAUACGCCUACAGAUUUCAGGAUCCGCCAUACCAGUAUGAGAAGAUGGAGGGGCAAGUUGAUGAAAAGAACUGAGAUUCUCCUGCAGUUAGUACCAUCCGUGCGUUGCUGACCGCCUGCAGCUACCAUGCAUGUGCAUUGCUUGCAGACUGCAUAACAAAGUCCAUGUACUGUACAUAACAGAAUUUGGCUUAGAGAUUCUUUCAGCUAAAACAAAUGUCAGCUAAUUUUUAGAAACAAAUGUCACUAACAAAUGUCAGAAAACGAUUUAUUGCUUAAUUAAAAAAAAAAUAUCGAUGAUGUAAAUAUGAUUUGUUAUUAUAUGAUUGAUAAAUUCCAAGCUCUCUGAUUGGUUCAUAUCCAACUAUCUAGAAAAACAAAGAUAACAUUUAAUUUUCUACACGUUGGUCGUCCAAUGAAAUAUUCCUUAAUCAGUUUCCCAAUUUGUUCGGCAAUGGCUUCAAACUAAAAUCUUUGCUUUAUAACACUCAAUUUCAUAUAUCUGUAUCAAUCAUAUAAUAAAAUAAUUAUUGCUAUUUUUUCGCCUCUUGCUAGGUGAAUAUUGUACUUUUUGGGUAGCUUAAUCAUC